AAAAAAUGUUUUUCAACGGCUUUUUCGACCGUUUUUCAAUUUUUUUUUUCUUCCCCAACGGCUCUUUCGUCCGUUUGCAUCCAUUUUCCUUUUUUUUUUUUUUUUAAUCUUCUUUUCUCUCUAUAAAUAAUACUUCUCCCUCAUUCAUUCAUCACAACUCACUCCUUCUUCCUCCUACAAUUUUUCUUGCAAAAUAUCAUAUUCGUUCUUCCAAAAAUGUCAUCACCUGAACAUGAUUCUUCGCCCGAUUCCGACGAAGUCGCUGAAAAGUUCAUGGAGUUGGUUGAGUUGCAGAAACAACUGCUUCAAUCAUACUGCCCCCAACCGGCGUCGGAGCCGGCGCGUGCGAAACGUCCCCGAUCAUACGUCCACCGUGAUCGUGAAGAGGCCCAUGUACGUCUUAUGCAAGACUACUUCGUCGACAAUCCAACGUACGGCCCUACUUUUUUCCAGAAUCGGCACGGAAGGAUGUGGAACGCGCCUUCAGAGUCCUUCAAGCUCGGUGGGGAAUCAUUCGAAGUCCGGCGCAAUUGGUACGUAGAGCACCUGAAGGACAUCAUGUUGUGUUGCAUCAUUCUCCACAACAUGAUUGUGGAGCACGAAGGUGAAGCGGCUGCCAACUGGAGAGAUGAUGACGGGGCGUCUAGCAGUGGUUCGACGGAGAGUGCUGGACAAACACCGGUGUCCUUCGAGGAAUAUGUGCGAAGGGAUAGCCUUCUCCGAGAUAGACAACUACAUGCUCAGCUCCGAUAUGAUUUGAUUGAGCACCUUUGGGCACGUUUCGGACCUCUAGGGCCAGAGUAGUUAAUUUUUAUGAAUUGUUUUUAUUUUAUUUAAGUUUUAUGUAAUAUUUAGGAUUUUAUAAUUAAUGCAAUU